UUGAAUGUAUUGCUAUUGGUUGCAGGCCUCCUCAAAAUCCAGCUUUAUUAACCCCCAGGCCUCCAGUUAUUACCGUACUGGGCCAUGUUGAUCAUGGAAAAACUACAUUACUUGAUAGCCUGCGAAAUACUCAUGUGGCAGCAAUGGAGGCAGGAAGUAUAACACAGCAUAUUGGUGCUUUUCUUGUGCAGUUGCCUUCUGGGGAAAAGGUAACAUUUCUGGAUACUCCUGGCCAUGCUGCAUUUUCAGCCAUGAGGGCAAGAGGUACACAUAUCACUGAUAUUGUUGUACUGGUGAUAGCUGCCGAUGAUGGUGUGAUGGAGCAAACUGUGGAAUCCAUUCAACAUGCUAAAAAUGCUAAAGUUCCAAUCAUUGUUGCCAUCAAUAAGUGUGACAAACCCGAAGCUGAUCCUGAAAGAGUAAAGAAACAACUACUGGCUUAUAAUAUUGUUUGUGAAGAGUUUGGAGGAGAUGUUCAGACUGUUCCUAUCUCUGCAUUAAAGAGCAAUAACCUGAUGAACUUAAAAGAGGCAAUUGUAACUCUUGCUGAGGUGAUGGAACUGAAAGCAGAUAGCACAGGUCUCGUGGAAGGUAUUGUAAUAGAGUCUCGCACAGAUAAAGGGAAAGGUCCAGUAACCACUGCCAUUAUCCAAAGAGGCAGUCUGAGAAAGGGCUGCAUUUUGGUUGCUGGAGAAACCUGGGCCAAAGUGCGGCUGAUGCUUGAUGAGAAUGGCAAAAUCAUGGAAGUUGCUUCUCCCGGUAUGCCCACAGAGAUUGUGGGGUGGAAGGAGGUCCCUGCAGCAGGAGAAGAAAUCCUUGAAGUAGAAUCUGAGCAAAGGGCACGUGAAGUUGUUGAGUGGAGAAUCUAUGUCAAACAGCAGGAAAAAAUAAAGAAAGAUCAAGAAAUAAUAGAAGAGAAACAAAGGGCCCAUCAGGAAGCCUACAGGAAGAAGCGAGAGGGUUUCAUGAACAUGAACUGGAGAGAAAGAGCAUCCAUAUUAAGGAAGAGCCAAAAGGAUCCCAUGACUAGGCAACCUGAAAAAGACAUUAAGAGUGACAAAAACAUGUUGCCUCUCAUUAUCAAAGGUGAUGUUGAUGGCUCUGUAGAAGCCAUUUUGAAUAUUCUGAAAACCUAUGAUGCUAAUGAGGAAUGUCAGUUAGAUGUCAUCCAUUGUGGGAUUGGGGAUAUUAGUGAAAAUGACUUAAAUCUAGCAGAAUCGUUUAAAGGUAUCAUCUAUGGAUUCAAUGUAAAGGCACAUAACUCUAUUCAGCAGAUGGCUGCUAAAAAGAAAGUAAAGGUGAAAAUACACAACAUCAUCUACCGGCUUGUGGAAGACUUACAGGAAGAGCUCAGCAGCACUUUGCCCUGUGGUGUAGAGGAGCAUGUGUUAGGAGAAGCUGCUGUUUUAGCAACCUUUGAGAUCGAUGUAGGAAAAGUUAAAGUUCCAGUAGCUGGCUGUAGAGUACAGAAGGGACUACUAAACAAAAAAAUGAACUUUAAAUUAAUCCGUAAUGGAGAAUGUAUUUGGACAGGAUACUUAUCAUCUCUGAAGCACCAUAAGGAAGAUAUUGCUAUUGUGAAGACUGGCAUGGAUUGUGGCCUUAGUUUGAACAACAAUCUAAAAUUUGAAGUUGGAGAUGAAAUUGUUUGCUUCAACACAAAGGAAGUUAAGCAGAAGAUUUCUUGGGACCCAGGAUUUUAAAUCUUGUCUAAAAUAUGGCAGGACAAGAAAACUUGGACCUUCAUUCAGUAUCAGACUGUAGAACCCUCUGGAUAGUAUCUUGCAUUGUACAGUUAACAGGAACAUCAUGUUUUAAUUAGACUUCCACUAUUUCUAAUGUAAAAUCCGCUACAGAAAAUGGAAAGGACUGCCAUUGCAGGAGAAGCAUAUUUAAGUGAUAUGAUGGAAAUACUGGAAUAACAUUUCAAAACCUAAGUGUUCACCACAGGAAAAACCAAAACAUUACAUUUGCUAACUGCAACUACUGUUCUUCAGUAGUUAUUAAAAAGUUUGUAUGAGGUGUUCAUCGCAAUUCUGCAUUUUCUGUGGUACUCAAACCAUAAUAGCUCCAACAUGCAUGUUUAAACUACAGAACCUACCACACCCAAACCAUUCUUAAAUGGAUUUGAAACCUGAAGGUUGAUGUCAUCCCUCACACUGUAAUCUUUACAAUGCUUUCUGGAGGUGCAUACCAACAUGGUUAUCCAACAAUAAACUGCAAACUGCUUUUCCAGGAGAUAAGCCUUACGUGAGAAUUAGAUCUUUUUAGGUAAUUGUGCUUUUCAAUAACAAUGGCAUUGCAUAGAAAUGAAUGAGAGAACUACCGAUAUCAGUAAUGGCACAAUAACAAUAUAAACAAAUGGUAAUACGAUACUUCUGGAAUACAAUUUUGUAGCUGUGAAAGCAUAACAGCAUGCUAGUAAGUGCAAGACCCCUUUCCUUAGGAAUAUGUGCUCUAGAAGGCAGUGGUUUUAUGAUGCAGGGUAAAAGGACAGAAAUCUGUUAACACAAUUUCUGCAAAAGGAACUAAAGUUACUACCAAGCAAAAUGCCUUUUACUAAAAAGACAAAAGUAGCAUUAUAACAAAACCUCAGCUUUUGAAAAAGCUCACUAGUUCUAUGAUUUAAAAAAAAAAUCCAAUUAAUUUAAAGCAUGGUUUUGUCUGAACUACAGCUAG